AGAACAAUCAUCAUCGUCAUAACAAUUACUCCUCCUCUUGUUGUUGCUGUUGGUAUCGUUGGCGAUCCGAUCAACCCCGUCAAGCAACGCUCGCCUUCUUAACGCAUCAUAGACACCUUUUUUUUCCUUCUUCCGUUUCCUCCGUGCUUUUUGUUUCGGCUUCUCCCCACACACGCGUCGUACGCCGUUAUCGUCAUUCGCACAACUUAUUGUUCUUACUUUCUUACUCACGCGCACGUCACCUCGUUCCGACUGUUCUGUCUUUGCAGUCAGAAGGAAAGAAAAACGGAAGACACGAGAGAGGGUCCUUUUCCAUACAGGAUCACACAAGCGCGUUCGCACUUGCAUACAUACCUGCACAUACACACACGUAUAUAUAUAAGAGAAAACAAAAGACGAGCACGGUAUUGCUGCGCUGGAAACCACAGCCCUGCCCUUUCAUUGCUUGAGGCUCAGAGAGCACAAGAAAACUAGUCUCAAAAAGCGCAAGACGUGAAUCUAAAAGGAAAAGGAAGAAAUAAAGCGUUGCCAAGAUGCUCCGCUUUACGCGUCUCGCACGCGGCACGCUCGUCAAGCUCGGCCGCGGCCCUGGAAACGUGACGGAAUCGGCAAGCAACGCGCUGCUCGAAUCCCUGCAAGACCACGGCUACUGCUACAUUCAGCACCCCUUCAUCCAAAAGAGCAUUCUCGAGCAGCUGCACCGCGACUGCCGCAUCUUCUUCGAGCAGUACAUCCUUCAGCUCCGCGACGCCGCCGCGCAGGGCAGCCUAAAGCGGAACAACCUCCACCACUACAAUUGCACCCCCCUCUCCCCGUACGAGCUGGAGAGCAUCAAGUCAGCCAGCGGUUUCCGCGGGUACUACCGCUACGUCGGCGCGAGCGGGCUGGACGACGCCAUCGAUUGCUUCUCGGUCGGCCGCGACGACAUGCCCGACCCGGCGGUGCUGCGGCGCGACUACUACAAGCAGGCCGGCUGGGAGGAGAGCGAGUACCUGAGUGUGAUUAGCCGACGCAACCCGUGGGAUAUCUUGCUGAAUCACGUGAACACCCCGCUGCCGGGGGUGGCGGGCAGUCCGGCCGCGACGGCGGCGUUGGCGGAGCGCAAUGACAACUUUAUGUCCGACUUCAAGGACAUGAUGAUGGCCUACUACGACCUGUGCUACAACGUGAGCAUGGACGUGAUGCGGCACAUCAGCUGCGGUCUGGGGAUCCGCCCGUCGGUGCCGCAGGGCGGGACGGACCCGGCCAUGGACUACGAACUGGAGUACUUCACGUCGUUCCAUCAAAAGCGUGACUGCGACUUGCAGGCGAAGUACUACCCCCAGUUGGGCGAGAGCACCCGACUCAGCAACGGGGUCGACAUUAAAAAUCCGCAGUCGACCUCCAACCCGGACGGCGUGAAGGUGCUGCGUCGCAAAGGGGCCAAGACGCAGCCGCUGGUGAAGGGCGACGGCGACCCGGAGGGCGACGGGAAGGACGUGACGGUGCGGUUGGACGCCCACAAAGAUCUGAGCACCAUCACUUUACUCUCGCAGGACUCGCUCGGCGGGCUGGAGGUGUGGGACGAAGACAAGGGAGCUUAUACCGCCGUGCCGGUGCUGGAAGAUGCGUUGCUAAUCAAUGCGGGGCUCUUCUUGGAGAAGUGGACGGGUGGCCUGAUUGAGGCGACGCCGCACCGCGUGCGCAACGUGCGGGAGGGGCGUAGUCGCUGCAGCAUCGUCUUCUUCGCGCUGCCCGACCACGACGCCCGUAUCGAGCCGCUGCUUCAACAGGACGAUAACCCGGCCGUGGACGCACAAGAGAGCUUCUUGGCUGGUGAUAUGAUGCCGACCCCACCGGCGCCCUCUUGA